AUGCAGGCGAUUAAGUGUGUGGUGGUGGGCGAUGGUGCCGUGGGUAAGACCUGUCUUCUGAUAUCAUACACAACCAAUGCAUUCCCCGGCGAGUAUAUCCCCACGGUCUUCGAUAAUUACUCGGCCAAUGUCAUGGUAGAUGGACGACCCAUCAAUCUCGGUUUGUGGGAUACGGCUGGGCAAGAAGAUUACGAUCGUCUCCGACCUUUGUCUUAUCCACAAACAGACGUCUUCUUGCUUUGUUUUUCACUUGUAAAUCCAGCUUCAUUCGAGAAUAUACGAGCCAAAUGGUAUCACGAAGUCAGCCAUCAUUGUCCACGAGCGCCAAUUCUUCUUGUCGGUGAGUUUGUGUCGUAUUAUUCGUUAUGUUUUAGGUACGAAACUCGAUCUUCGUGAUGAUCCUGACACUAUCGAGAAACUCCAUGAACGACGAUUGGCUCCAAUUACUUACAACCAGGGAAUGCAAAUGGCCAAGGAUAUCAAGGCUGUCAAAUAUUUGGAAUGCUCCGCUUUGACUCAAGUGGGAUUGAAGAAGGUGUUCGAUGAAGCCAUCCGAGCUGUCCUUUGUCCCCCUCCUGUCAAGAAAAAGAAUCGUUGUGAUAUCAUCUAA